AUUUUGGGAAGACAUUUUGGGGUUUGAAAAUGCAGAAUUUUAUAUCAAACGGUGGCCACUGGAUGGUGUACCCUUUGAAGAUGUACUGGUAUCAUUUCCGGAGGCUAUUCCUUGCGGUGUUAAGGUUGCUGCUUAUGGCGGCAAGAUUAUCAUAAAUCCUGAUGAUAGAUAUGUUCUAAAAGAGGGUGAUGGUCUUGUCAUAGCUGAGGAUGAUGAUACCUAUGUGCCAGGUCUCUUACCAGAGGUAAAUAAAGGCCUAUUCCCUAGGAUAACUGAUCCUCCAAAAUAUCCAGAACGAAUCUUAUUCUGUGGCUGGAGACGUGAUAUUGAUGAUAUGAUUAUGGUACUGGAGGCAUUAUUGGCUCCAGGGUCUGAAUUGUGGAUGUUUAAUGAGGUGCCCGAGAAUGAUAGAGAAAAAAAGUUGACUGAUGGGGGUCUUGAUAUAUCAGGACUAGAGAACAUAAAACUUGUCCAUCAUGUGGGAAAUGCAGUGAUUAGACGUCAUUUAGAGGGUCUUCCUCUGGAGACAUUUGAUUCGAUUUUGAUUCUUGCAGAUGAAUCCGUUGAAGACUCCAUUGUUCAUUCUGAUUCACGGUCUCUUGCCACCCUCCUUCUCAUCCGAGAUAUCCAGUCGAAGCGUCUUCCUAAUAAAGAUUCUAGGUCGGUUCCUCUACGGCAUUCAGUGUUUUCUCAGAGCUCCUGGAUUCGUGAAAUGCAGCAGGCAUCAGACAGAUCAAUAAUAAUAAGUGAGAUAUUGGACUCUAGGACAAGAAAUCUUGUGUCAGUGUCUAGAAUAAGUGAUUAUGUGCUGUCAAAUGAACUGGUGAGCAUGGCACUUGCAAUGGUAGCAGAAGACAAACAGAUUAAUCGUGUGCUAGAAGAAUUGUUUGCGGAAGAGGGAAAUGAAUUAUGCAUCAAGCCAGCCGAGUUUUAUCUGUAUGACCAGGAAGAAGUGUGCUUCUACGAUAUCAUGAGAAGGGGUCGUCAAAGACGGGAGAUAGUGAUUGGAUACCGCAUUGCAGCUGCAGAACGUGCUGUGAUUAACCCAGCAGGCAAGUCAAAGCAAAGAAAGUGGUCCCUUGAUGAUGUUUUUGUGGUUAUUUCCUCAGGUGACUGAAAACCUUCUUUAUAUUAAUCAUCACAAAUCCUCUCCAGACAAGCAGCAUUCACUACAAAAGAGGCAAAUGAGGUAAACUUCAACCAGCAGAUUAGGUAGAAAAUAAUAGCAAGAGCUGGUCCGCAUAGUUAAUUUCCUCUAUUUUUUUUGUCUUAUACAUUUUGCCAUACAAAUCGGGGAAAUGAAGAAUGAAAAUUUCCCAUCAUUAGGGAAUUAGUUUUUUGGCAUCCUCUCUUGAAGCACUUGAGUUAUCAAAUAGUGCUUUAAUUCAAAGACUUCUUAUAAAUUACAUGCACAUUAUCAAAUAA